AUGUUUAACAACUCCGAGUCACUGUGUUCUUACUCGGAUACACAGUCACUUUACCUCCCCAACCCACAGCAAUGGUCGACUGCCGCUUCGUCUACUAGCUCGAAUUCAGGUUCGGCACAGCGAGGUUAUGCCCAGCAGCAUCAGCAAUACCAACAGCGGCAACACCAGCCACGGCAGCCAAGUCCACCACGGCAGCAACACCAACAACAAUACGUUUCGCAGAAACAACAGCAGCAGUACCAGCAGCAGCACCAAUCACGGAGGCCAUCUUCACAGCGGCCCUCAAGACCGCCCUCACCAAGCCCCAUCCGACGAGAACAGGAGAUCUCGAAGCGGGAUGCCGCCAUGGCACUCCACAGCUUGCAGGUUCCGGCAUGUAUCAGUCCCAAAGGCGGAAGUCUCUCGGAUUUGGUGGCUGAUUUGACAGCACUGUUUUGGUUCGAAACUUCAAAAGUACUUGAGCAGGCCGCGACAUACGAUGCCCUUCGUCCAGGCGCCGCCCCUGUACGGCGGAUCGAGGGACCCGCCAUCGCUUGCCCCAACUUCAAGAAAUGGGUCCACAACCUCUUGUCGACUACCCAGGUGACGCAGAAUGUUAUCCUUCUGUCUCUCUUGUACAUUCAUCGACUCAAGGUUCUGAACCCAAAAAUGCAUGGGCUCCCAGGCAGUGAGUAUCGGCUGCUCACGGUCGCGCUGAUGUUAGCAAACAAGUUUCUCGACGACAACACAUACACCAACAAGACGUGGUCCGAGGUGUCCCAGCUUUCGGUGAACGAGAUUCAUGUUAUGGAGGUUGAGUUUCUGGGAAAUAUGCGAUACAGCCUUCUGGUCACCGAGAAGCAGUGGGAAGAAUGGCUGGUUAAGCUGGCUAGAUUUCGCGAAUAUCUGGAGCGAGCGCGACAAGUUUCUUCAGCAGAUCUGUUGGCACCGUCACCAAACGCCCUCCCCGUUUCGGCUUUGCCCUCUCCCACAACAGGCCAGCACUUUUCCUCACCACUGCAGCCGACUCUGGCCGGACAGUCACCAAGCGCGAGUUUCUAUGCGAAGCAGAGCUCUGGCCAAGGUUGGCCGACCCAUGCCGCCGGCCAAACCCCAAUCUGGAACCCGGCAAGCACACCCUUAACCCGAAAGAGGAGCAUGCCAGAGUUUGAUCUUUUAGAGCCGCCAGCUAAACGUCGGACGCCGUUGAAGCCGUACGCCUCCUCAGAGACCCUAUACCCCACAGUAACGGUACCUGAAGCCCUCAGAAAUUCUCGAGAAUUUGCCUGUGCACCGCUUCCAUCGACGAGCGAGAUGGCCUUGAAACAAGCGCGCUUGUCGGUGUCAAACUUGACAUUGAACAACGCUCAAUCAUCCACGGCAAAUACGCUCCCGAGUGAAGUCUAUUCCCGCGUCAGCUACGCACCGGAGAGCAUGAUUUCUUUGCCUCCCAUCCUUUUACCUGCUCCGGGCAUGGCUGCGACCUACGUCAACUCCACGUCGGCGGCUGCUCCCAUUCCAUCAAUCUUGCCAACCAGCGGCUCUGGUGUCUCGCCGUCGACCGUCGUUGCAGCUUCGACAACGGCUCACCCGACCUCUCAGUAUGCCUUGUCUGCGAACCGCCUACAGUCUCAGCACAGCCUGACCUCAAGCGGGGCUUAUCUUGGCUCAUCUCCCAUCGGCGAGCCGCUCAUACAUACUCCGAUGCCGGCAAGUUCUCCUUCCAACAUAUAUCUUCAACAGCGGACGAGCCCGUACAGACCGGUCCGACAUGCCGAAACACUGCUUCAUCCCCCGCCAUCGGCCUUUCUCCAACAAUACCAUCUUCCGAACCCGAUUCCUCCGACUCAGCUACACUAUCAACCGCUUGGGCGGCGGAACGAGGUGCGCACGGGCAUUGUUCCAGAAUUCGCCAUGCCCAAUAGUGGGUUGACAAUGGCCGGAGCUGGUCGGUAUCAGGAGCCUAUCCCUGCCUUUCGUCAAUCGUUUUCGUUGCCUUUACGGGAUAUUCCGCCGGCGACAUCUGCAUAUUCACAGCAUCCAAGGCGUUAG